GCCAACUUGGUAAGAUGGAACUGGGCGAGCUCAAGAUCUUGUCCCUGAGCUCGUCGCACACCAACUUUGCCUUAAGGCUGGUGGCAGUACUUGCCGAUCAUGUCCUGCAAGGACUCGAGUGGACGGUCCUUAGCAGUGAGGUCGGGGCCACGUGGCCGGACCUGCUGCUGAUGGUGCAAUCCUCGGCGAAUGCCACCUUGCAAAAGUCCGAGUCAGAGUUACAACUCCUCCGACGGGUCUGUACCAUUCUUUCUCGCCAGAGUACACCGGACUACCAGCUGGUCAAGAAACAAGCUCUUUCUUCGAAGCCGCCGUGUGCUGAGUCUUUGCCAGGCCUGUUUCAGUUCGCUCUGCGACACUGCGGUGGAAAGGAGGCUUUCUUUUUAGCCGAAACGGAGGGCUUUCUCCGAAGCCACGGGCAAAUGAAGGCCAUGGGGCCGAACUUCUGGGAGCAGUUGUCCAUGGACAUGAAGAAGGGCGGCGAGCAAGNNCGCCAUGCCAUUGUCAAGCUGGCACUCAGCACGAGCCUGGUCACAGCCACGUCUGUGAAAAGGGUCUUUGGAAAGGAAUCGCUUCCCAAGGCCAUCGAAGCUGACCAAGCCAUGUCCAAGAUUCGGGGCAUUCUGCAAGGUGCCGGUGUGGACUCGAUGCACGAUCCUCGGAUGAUGAAUCUCCUGGGAGUGACUGACUGCACCAUGGCGAAGCUUGUCUUAGGCUUGCACACCGAGGGCGACAAGAAGUACAAGUCUGUGGCUGCAGUGGCCCAUGACUGUAUCAUGUUGGCGAAUGGGCUGCUUCGAAUGACCUUGCAGUCCCCAUGGGAGGCCAAUGCCGAAGCCCAUGAAGAGCAAGGUUCGAAGGAGUCCUCUGUCCAUGAGAGACUCAGAGAGCUGAAUCCCGAUGGAAGCCUCAAGAACCCGGUCGAGUUGCUGACUGCUGAGGGCUUCAUCGUGGGUGCUUUCAUCAAGAGGAAGGGCGAGAAGUUCGAAGGCCAGAUCAGUGCCAUGGACAACAGUAAUGUGACCGUCAAAGACUUGAAAUCCGGCGGGGUUUUGCAAGUCCAGGCGAGGGACAUGCUAGGUGCAGGAUGGAUUGUCUUCACACCGAAAGCGGAGGCCGAGUCCAUUGCAAGCUUGCAGUCCAUGGGGCCCAAGAAGAACAACGACUUCUUGGCUGGCUAUGUCAUCGGGGAGAUCUACCAGGUCAUGCACGACCUCGUCUCCACACACGAGUCCCACAAGGUGCUUGGCGGGUUGUCCCUCCAGCUCAAGCCCAACAGGGCCUUAAUCAGCAAUCAAGUCUUCCCAAAGGGAAAGAUGGUGCUGGUGCCUUACUCCUGGAGAGUUCUCACCAGGAACCCCAAGGGCGAGGCAAUGGCUAAUGCCGUUCAAGUCCAGACCAAAUGGAAAUUGGACGACCGGGAGUUUUGGAUUGCAAGCUCGAACACCCUUCCCAAGGACACCGCCCCCGAAGAGGGGAAGCACUUCCUCUCGGCCUACUUCCUGGUUGGGUCCUGCGAAGACGAAGAAUCCGCCAACAUGGUUCAGAUCAUGUCCGGGACCGCCCAAUCCUCGAUUCGCAAGAAUUUCCUUGUUGCAAUUCUGUUGUGCUUGGUGCUUGCUUUUCGGCGCUUGCAGGGCUAUGUAGCUCGCAAGCAGCCCAACUUGUGCUUCGAUUGCAGGAUCUUUAGGCUCAGCAUUUGUAGCAAGCAACACGAUUUGCCUGGCAUGAACCUGUCGGUCGAGCAGAAGAUGGUUCUGUUCGUCAAUGGCAACCAUUGCAUCCCCGAACAGAAAUGUGUCGACGGGGACACUUUCAUGCACUUGAAGAAGUGGGACCGGGCCCUUGUGAAAACACUUACAGGCAAAUCCUUGGACCUCCGGUCAGGGAGGAACAAUGGCACCCUCAACAUUGACAUGUGGGAUGAGAUGCUCAGGGCGAGGCAAGACAAAGCAAAUGAACUCUUGCAGGAGGCAUUCAAUGUGGAAGACGACAAUAACAAGCCAAUCGAGAGGAAGAAGUCCAAGAAGCUAGAAGUGGUCAAAGCCCUGUCAAAACAUGCAUUGGUGCUGCCGAAGAAGUUCACCAUCUCGGUUCGGGAGCACGAUUUCCAGGUGCUCUUCGAUGGGAUCGGCACGAAAUCCUUGUGGAUCGAAAUGUCCGAAGCGAACUUGACAUGGCUCAAGAGUGCCAUCGACACGAGUGAGCAGAAACCUCGCAAGAAAAGGAAAACUCGCAGAACCGGAGAGAAGGUGCCGAAGUCCGACGAUGAGGAUGAUGACAAGAAUGACCAUGACCAUGAAAAGAAUGACGAGGGCAGCUCCGAGGGCAAGUGA